GCGACUCUCUUUUUUUUUUCAACCAAAAUUUCUCAACAUUCGCUUUCUGUAAAAAAAAUCAAAACAAAAACCUCCAUUUUUUUCAAUGUCUAAUUGAAUUGAGUGCUCCCAAUUCUUUGCCCUAAUUUUGACAUUUUGAUUUUGAAAAAUGAAUGAUUAUAGUAAUAAUCAGCUGGAUUCAUUCGACGAUUGCUGGACUGACUUAAUUGAUUGCAGCAGCCUCUUGGACGACGGCGUUCCGGCGGCGGCCGAUCUAUAUUGGAACCCUCAGCCGCCCAUCCAAAAUGGUGGUGUGACAAUUGAUGCCUCACUUAGUGGAAUUAUAUCACAAGUAAGUGAAUGCGCCGAAGAACAAGAAUGUCGAAGAAAGAGAGGACGCAGUAGUGGUCAAUGUGGUGUAACGGGAAACAAAGCAUGCCGUGAGAGAAUGAGGAGAGAGAAAUUAAAUGAAAGGUUCUCGGAACUGUCUUCGGUUUUGGAACCUGGUAGACCGAUUAAAUCCGACAAAUUAGCCAUACUCGGUGAUGCCAUUAGGGUUUUAAACCAGCUAAAAACCGAAUCAGACGAGUACAAAGAGAUGAACGAAAAACUCUUGGAAGAGAUCAAAACUCUAAAGGCUGAGAAGAUCGAACUUCGAGAUGAGAAAAUGGUGCUUAAGACAGAUAAAGAAAGAAUGGAGCAGCAAUUGAAAACGAUGGCUGUUCCUCAGACGGGAUUCAUGCCAGCUCAUCCAUCGAUGUAUCAGGCGGGGCCCAAUAAGAUGCCCAUGUACCCCAACUUCGGUCUUGUGCCUAUGUGGCAGUAUUUACCGCCAGCUGGCCGUGACACAUCUCAAGAUCCCGAGCCCUUUUCUCGUGCUGCUUGAUAUUUUCAUAAGCUUGUGAAUAUGAAUUUAAUCCGCCGAUUGAUUAGCUUCGUUUUUUUUCUGAUAUUCGGCGCUAAUUUUUUUCUAGUAUUGAAUAAGUGGGAAAGAUUUCGAUUUUCUUGAGGGAAGUGGAUUAUGUUUUUGCUGAAUUAGUCGACGAUUUUAUAACGUUCGAACUGUGUUGUUUUGGUGCCCGGAUUUAGGAUUUAUUGCUUGGUGUAGUAUAUGGAGGGUUUCUAUUGUUGGUUGAAAUCAUCUUCUUUUUUUA